UGCACUGCAAAGACUGGCCGAAGCGCCAGGAAAGUUUUGCGGCGGUCGAGGGUAGCAAAGCACCAACCAAAGCUCACCCCCAUACAACAAAAAUCUUGCCAAAAGUCACUUUGGUCAGAUAUCACGAUGGCUGGCUCAAUUAACAAACCCAAGAAGCCAAAGUCCAAGAGGACGACGGUUCGCCUCCGCCACAAGAUCGAGAAGAAGUCGGCGGCGAAGCAGAGGAAAGACAGAAAGAAGGCCAAGCAGAACCCGGAAUGGCGCACCAAGCUCAAGAAGGACCCGGGUAUCCCGAACCUGUUCCCCUACAAGGAGAAGAUCCUCGAGGAGAUUGAGGAGAACAAGCUGCGCAAGCAGGAGGAGAACCAGAAGCGUCGCGAAAUGGCAAAGGCCGCCAAGACGGGCGCCACCGUCGCCGGCGCGACCGGCCAGCAGGUCGACGUGGCCGACGACGACAUGAUGGUCGAGGACGACGAUGAGGAGGACGACGGCGACGACUCGAACCCCAUGGCCGCUCUCCUGCGCAGCGCGAGGGCCGCCGCCGAGACGUACGAAAAGGAGUUGCGCGACGACGAUGACGACGAGAUGGACUCGGACGACGACCCGGGCGACGACUCUGACGCGCCCGCCGAGAUCCCCGUCGGCAACGCCACCUCCCGCAAGGCCUUUGACAAGGUCUUCAAGAACGUCGUCGAGCAGGCCGACGUCAUCCUCUACGUCCUCGACGCCCGCGACCCGGAAUCAACCCGCUCCCGCGACGUCGAGCGCAGCGUCAUGGCCGCCGCCAGCGGCGGCAAGCGCCUCAUCCUCGUCGUCAACAAGAUCGAUCUCGUGCCCCCCAAGGUUCUCAAGGACUGGCUCAUCCACCUCCGCCGCUCCUUCCCGACCCUGCCCCUGCGCGCCUCCAACCCGGCGCCCAACGCCCAUACCUUUAACCACAAGGAGCUCACCGUCCAAAAGACGUCGUCCGACCUCUUCCGCGCCCUCAAGUCCUACGCCGCCAGCAAGCAGCUCAAGCGCGCCGUCUCCGUCGGCGUCAUCGGCUACCCCAACGUCGGCAAGUCCUCCGUCAUCAACGCCCUCCUCGGCCGUCUCUCCGGCGGCCGCGGCGCCUCAAAGGCCUGCCCCGCCGGCGCAGAGGCCGGCGUCACCACGAGCAUCCGCGCCGUCAAGAUCGACAGCAAGCUCACCCUCCUCGACUCCCCCGGUAUCGUCUUCCCCUCCGCCAAGAACGCCUCCACGUCGGGCCUCGUCUCCCUCAAGAACGCGACAGACGCCCACGCCCACCUCGUCCUCCUCAACGCCGUCCCGCCCAAGAACAUCGAGGACCCCAUCCCGGCCGUCACCCUCCUCCUCCGCCGCCUCGCCGCCUCCCCCGACCUGCUGCAGAAGCUGACGGACGCCUACGACCUGCCGACGCUGCUGCCCAGCCGCGCCGACGGCGACAUCACGACCGAUUUCCUGGUGCAGGUCGCGCGGAAGCGCGGCCGUCUGGGACGCGGCGGUAUCCCCAACAUCAACGCCGCCGCCAUGACCGUCGUCACGGACUGGCGCGACGGCCGCAUCCAGGGCUGGGUCGAGGCGCCUGUCCUCGCUGUCCAGAGCGAUGCCCAGGGCGCCGCGCCUGCUGCUCCCGUGGCUGACGACGUUGCUGCCGCGGAUCAGAAGACUAUUGUCACGGAGUGGGCCAAGGAGUUUGACCUCGGUGAUUUGUUCAGUGGUCUUGCUGCUGCUGGCGAUGAGGACGAGGCGAUGGAGCAAUAG